AACCCCGGAAGAGCAUGGAGAACACUUGAGGUUGGUGCUGAAGAUUUUGAAGGUGAAGCAGUUGUACGCCAAGCUGUCAAAAUGUGAGUUCUGGUUGGAAAAGGUGAAGUUCUUGAGACAUGUUAUUUCAGCUGAGGGGAUUACUAUUGAUCUGGCUAAGGUGGAGUCGGUGUUGCAGUGGGAGCGUCCAAGAACUAUCACUGAUAUUAGAAGCUUUGUGGGCCUAGCGGGUUACUAUAGGAGGUUCAUUGAGGGAUUCUCCAAGAUAGUAGUUUCUCUAACCCAGUUGACUAGAAAGGAGCAGCCUUUUAUAUGGACGGAUGCCUGUUAG